UAUGUGUCCCACAAAACCAAGCCCCCGCGCCGUUUUCCGGUAUUCGCAAAUUCGUCAGUGUGUCACACCGGAAAAGUCCGGAAGAAAACGGCGUUACUGUGGGAAAGGAGCCAUAGGUAGCUUGGUUCCUGCGCGGAUGCUGGGGCUGGAAGGCGCCGCACUAUCAGCUGUUUGCGGCGCAGGGAGGAGGACGCCGGGGCUCGCCUUCCCUCCUCUGUCGCCGCCGCCGCCGCCGCCGCCGCCGCCGCCAUGAUUCCGGUGUCGCUGCUGGUGGUGGUGGUGGGUGGCUGGACUGCCGUCUACCUGGCCGACUUGUUGCUGAAGUCAUCUGUCUAUUUUAAGCAUUCUUAUGAAGACUGGCUAGAAAACAACGGAUUGAGCAUCUCCCCGUUCCACAUAAGAUGGCAAACUGCUGUUUUCAAUCGUGCCUUUUACAGUUGGGGACGGCGGAAAGCAAGGAUGCUGUAUCAGUGGUUCAAUUUUGGAAUGGUGUUUGGUGUAAUAGCCAUGUUUAGCUCAUUUUUCCUCCUUGGAAAAACGUUGAUGCAGACUUUGGCACAAAUGAUGGCUGACUCUCCCUCUUCUUAUUCUUCCUCCUCUUCCUCCUCAUCUUCCUCUUCCUCCUCUUCCUCAUCCUCUUCCUCUCUUCACAAUGAACAGGUGUUACAAGUUGUGGUUCCUGGUAUAAAUUUACCCGUCAAUCAACUGACCUAUUUCUUCGCUGCAGUUCUCAUUAGUGGUGUUGUACAUGAAAUUGGCCAUGGGAUAGCAGCUAUUAGGGAACAAGUUCGAUUUAAUGGCUUUGGGAUUUUUCUCUUCAUUAUAUAUCCUGGAGCAUUUGUUGACCUGUUUACCACUCAUUUGCAACUUAUAUCACCAGUUCAACAGCUAAGGAUAUUUUGUGCAGGUAUCUGGCAUAAUUUUGUCCUUGCACUCCUGGGUAUUUUAGCUCUUGUUCUCCUCCCAGUAAUUCUCUUGCCAUUUUACUACACUGGAGUCGGGGUGCUUAUUACCGAAGUUGCUGAGGACUCGCCUGCCAUUGGACCCAGAGGCCUUUUUGUAGGAGACCUUGUCACCCAUCUACAGGAUUGUCCUGUUACUAAUGUGCAAGAUUGGAAUGAAUGUCUCGAUACCAUCGCCUAUGAGCCUCAAAUUGGUUACUGUAUAAGUGCAUCAACUUUGCAGCAGUUAAGUUUCCCAGUUAGAGCAUACAAACGACUAGAUGGUUCGACUGAAUGCUGUAACAAUCAUAGCCUCACAGAUGUGUGCUUCUCCUACAGAAAUAAUUUUAAUAAGCGUUUGCAUACCUGUCUACCUGCCCGGAAAGCGGUUGAAGCCACUCAAGUUUGUAGAUCCAAUAAAGAUUGUAAGAAAAGCUCGAGCUCAAGUUUCUGUAUAAUACCUUCUCUGGAAACUCAUACUCGCUUAAUAAAAGUGAAACACCCGCCACAAAUUGAUAUGUUGUACGUAGGACAUCCUCUGCAUCUUCACUACACCGUGAGCAUCACCAGUUUUAUUCCACGUUUCAACUUUCUAAGCAUAGAUCUGCCAGUGAUUGUGGAGACAUUUGUCAAGUAUCUGAUUUCCCUAUCAGGAGCUCUGGCCAUCGUUAAUGCAGUGCCCUGCUUUGCUUUGGACGGACAGUGGAUUUUAAAUUCUUUCCUGGAUGCCACCCUUACCUCAGUGAUUGGAGACAAUGAUGUCAAAGAUCUGAUAGGAUUUUUCAUCUUGCUUGGUGGCAGUGUACUUUUGGCUGCCAAUGUGACCCUGGGACUUUGGAUGGUUACAGCACGGUAAUGUUUGCACUCAUCUGAGAGAAUCUCUGAGUUACAGUAUACAGCUGUGUGGUAAUAUCCAUUGCCAUUGAAAUUCUUACUUGGUGUGAAAUGUAAAGUGUUUCCUUAAAAUUACAUCUUAGCCAACAACUUUGAGCUCCUCCUAUACCCAGAGUACCCAUACUCUGUGAUAGGUGAUAAGUGGAAGAAAUGAAAGGCAUAGUCCCUGACUGCAUUCCAGUUUGAAAGACUGGAUGUACACAGAUGCUUAUGGAACAAUUUCUAAACAAGUGCAAAUUCAUGUAAUACCAUUUUGUGUGACUAUAUAUCUUGUUGAAAUAGUAUAAAGACAAACAGCACUGGGUGGAAUUAAUCAGUAAAAACUUCUUGCAAAAGCAUUAUUAAUCAAGAUUUGAAGGAGACCAGACUUUGGCCAAGUGAAAGGGUGACUGUUUUCUUGGCCUUUAUCUCUUGUCCUAUGUCUUGUUUGAAUAGUAUUUUUAAAUUUAAUGGUGUCUUAUUUUGUACUCUGAAAACUGAGGUCUGAUUAUAAUUAUAUUAAUAAAAUUCUGUAAAAUAAUCUGCUGACAGGAAAGGGAAAAAUCUUUGUCAAAUGAUGCCAAAUAAAUGAAUAAAGUAGGAAGUAGGACCUAUGAUAUUAUGAGACAUAUUUUGCCCCAAAGGAGUUACCUCUAAUAAGUGUCUCGGCCCACUCACAAAGCACUAGCCUUGACAUGUAGAGUGAGCUGCAGAAGUGUCUCACACCAGCAGCAUAUGUACUAAGGCAGUUAGGGUUGAAUCUCAGAACUAAGCUGGGUCUUCUGACAGAUCACAAGACAGACCACACGAUCUUCAGCAGUCCUGCUUACCAUUCUCUAUAGAGCUUUGGAGCCUGGAACCCUUCCUGGGUAGACAUUUUCUCUUAUGCUGCUGAGGCCAUCUGGGGCCUAGCUCCUGGGUUCCUGUUUUCAAGAAUAAAUGACCUUAAGCCCUGAGCCAUACUCUGUCCUCACCAGCGGCUCCCAUGUUUCUCUGUGUCAGGUGAUUAAAUAUCUAGUCCUUGCUUUCCAUUUCUUCCCUAAGCUACCUCUGUGGGUCCACCGAAGAUUUGCUAGUACAGAGAGAAUGGCUACACAUGAGUACGAAUGUGGAUUUGCCAGAGCCUGGGACCUUACUCAUGAGCCCAAAAGAACCACACAUGGUUUGAGUUCUUUUGGAGUGAAGAUGCAGCCCUGGGAAAUUUGGAAAGUCAACAGGCCAUUGUGAAACUGUUGGUCUUAGAAGUGUAUAAGCUUGCUGUUUCUUUGAUGAAAAAUAUACACUUCUAUCAUAGACUCAAGAAGUGAUAAAGGACAAUAGUUCUUUAAUAGCCAUGUAUGCAACUUCUUAACUAAGUGAGGUAUUCUAUGGGGUUACCUUUUUCAGAUCAUUGAGUUGCUCUUUAAGCACUAAGACUUUUAAAUCAUUUUUAAGAAACUCUUUUUAGAUUAUAUUAUAAACUCUCCUGCCUUCUUAAACAGAAAUUAUAUAUUGAAUAUAAUUUUAACAUUUUAUUAAUGACCUGGGUCAUCAGUUAACACUACUGUACAAAUUAUUGGUUUAUCCCAGAAAAGAUAACAUUUGUUUUAUCCUUAGGUAGACAGUCAUUUGGGAAUCAAAGCAUAUUAGAUAGUAAUGCUCAGACCUGUUCAGGGAGUAGGGCUUAGAGAAUGCCAUGAAAUACUUGCAUAAUUUGAUUACAUUAAAUAAACAAUUCACUAAUGAAAAUAUCAUAUACGUAAAAGCCAGUUUUUUAAAAACAAAAAAAUUAAGUAGUGGAUAUCUUAUUAAUUUAGUUUGGGGGGUAAAGAAACAAAAUCUCAUUUUUAUUUCAGCUGUUAAACACUAUGGUCUGUUGAUCCAUAGGAUCAGGGAUUGGGAACCACUCUACUAGGAAAUUGAGCAGAUCAGUACCAUUUGUAUAGACAAGGCCUCAUUGUAUAAGAAAGGAAAUGUUAUUAUGUGUUGUCUUUUUUAAAUUGAUUGUGGACACUUCUAGAGCAAGGACCAUGUCAUAGUCAUGUUUGCAUCCCUGGCACAGUGCAUGAGACAUCAUAAGUACUUAAUAAAUGUGGUUGAAUGGAUAAUGAUUAGUGUUAUUUAUGGAUUAGAAAAGCAUGUUUCUAUUUAAGUAAGCUAUAAAAGUAUUAUUGAAUAUUUACUGUAAAUAUAUGUUAACAUAAAAAAACUUGGAAAGUCUUUGUAUCCCUGGUGUGUUAUCAUUUUUAUGGAAAGAAUCCAUUUUGGUUUCUAUAGAGCAAUUAGAAAAAUCUUGAAGAUUUGAAGAAAGUGUUCUUUCUAUGUUGUCACUUUGUUCAACAGUAAAACUUUAUUCUCAGUGUUCCAACUCUGCAUUGUUUACAUUUUUUAGAGUUUUUUUUAAUCACCUACAACGUGUAAAGAAUGUAUAUAUUCUUUUCAGCAUCUCAGUUUGAAAAUACAUGCAGUUAAACUUGUCCUUUUGAUAAUCGCUCUUGUAGGUCAUUGUCUGUUUUCACAGCAAAUUGUAAACAUGUGCUUCAGAGAUAUUGUGGCUCUCAGUCAUCAUUUUGUCCUGUGGUAUUUAUUGAAUGUUCACAUACUAAUGGUGCACAGGUAUUUUUUUCCAUAAAUCUUCUGACUGUGUUGUAACUCAUUCUUCACCUUGAAGAUACCAUAGUUGCCGACAUUUGAUGUUUAGCAAUAAAAGAAUAAGUGUUUACCAGCAUUUUAUGUUUA